GGAGGCUCACGAGUCUUGUCGCGAUCGUCUCUGCGAAAGCUUCACGCGUGAGAGAGCUUUUUCACUCCGCUACGUCGCGUUUCAGUGAUUUGCGCGCGAACUUUAUCGAGUGCCACGAGAAGUGAAGAAGAACGAUGGAAUUAUUAUUCGGCGCCCGACGUUACUUGUCGUCGGCAAUAUUAGUUUUAGUAUUUAUUACAUUCUUCCACACCGUAUUAAGUAAACAUAAAAUAAGGCACUACAAAGAUAGAUUUAAAAGGCAGCAAGGGGCACAUCUAUACCUACCCGAGAGCUACGUAACGGAAGGUGGAGAAGGUCCAGACCAAGGCCCGUGGUCCGAUUGGUCGGAACCAAGUCCUUGUUCGAGGACCUGUGGCGGGGGCGUCAGUACGCAGUAUCGACAAUGUCAACCGGGUUACAACUGCCAAGGGCCUGACCGCAGACAUUUUUCUUGUAACACGCAGGAUUGUCCGGAUACUGGAGAUUUCAGAGCUCAGCAAUGUUCCGAAUAUGACGAAGUACCUUUUGAAAAUGUCACAUACCAGUGGGUGCCGUACACGAAAGGACCAAAUCCGUGCGAGCUUAAUUGUAUGCCUAGGGGGCAAAGGUUUUACUACAGACACGCUCCCGUGGUAAUUGACGGCACGAGGUGUGAUGACCAGACUCUUGAUGUGUGCGUUAAUGGAAAAUGCCAGCCCGUGGGAUGCGAUAUGAUGCUGGGUUCGAAACUGAAAGAAGAUGAAUGUCGCGUCUGCGGAGGAGAUGGCAGUACGUGCAACACGGUCACCGAUACGUUAGAACUGAACGAUAUGCAAGUUGGUUACAACGACAUCUUGCUCGUACCCGGAGGUGCUACCAAUGUACUUGUGGAGGAAAUCGCUCCAUCCAAUAACUAUCUAGCUGUUAGAAAUACGUCGGGUCACUAUUACCUAAACGGGAAUUGGCGCAUAGAUUUUCCUCGCACGGUGGACUUUGCAGGCAGCAAAUGGACCUAUGAAAGAUAUCCCCAAGGAUUUGCAGCGCCUGACAAAAUUUAUACGCUGGGUCCUAUCGAUGAACCUCUUUUCAUCGUGCUACUAUUUCAAGAAUCUUCAGUACCAGUAACCUUCAAAUAUAGCAUGCCCACCAAUAUUCAACCCGGAUCCGAAUCUGAAACUUACGCUUGGACCUUCGAUGAAUUUACACCCUGCUCAGCUACUUGCGGUGGAGGCAUCCAAUAUCGUAACGUAUCGUGCGCUGGGCGGAAAACCCUACAACCGGUGGAUGAUAAAUUGUGCGACGAAAAUAGGAAGCCCGUUACUUCGAGGAAAUGCAACGAAAUAGCCUGUCAAGCGCAGUGGGUACCGCAUCCAUGGGGCAACUGUUCGUCUCCUUGUGGCGAGGGAGGUACUCAAAAUCGGGAGAUUUCCUGCCAACAGAUAGUAUCCAACGGCUAUCCGACAUUAGUGGACGAAUCGCAAUGUCAAGGCCCUAAACCGCCUCAGCAACAGAAGUGCAAUGAAGGAAAAACUUGUGCCAAGUGGCAUACCGGACCUUGGAAGCCGUGCGAUCAUUUGUGUGGCGACGGAAAACAAACAAGGAAAGUCCGUUGCUUUAUAAAAGACGAGGAAAAUCAAAUUGAAAUUUUAAACGACGCGCAAUGCGAAGCAAUCGAACCGAAACCCGAAGAAGAAAAAUCUUGCAACGUACGCCCCUGCGAGGGUGUCGACUGGAUCGCGUCCGCGUGGAGUGGGUGCGACGCGGUUUGCGGUUUGACAAACGAGACCAGGAAAAUCUUCUGCGCCACUGCCAGCGGACAAAUAUACGCGAAUGAAUUAUGUGAAGAAACUUCGAAACCGGACACAGUGCGAAAAUGCGAAUCCUCCAAUGCCUCUUGCCAGUACUUGUGGUACGUCUCUCAGUGGAGUGAGUGUUCGGCAAAGUGCGGUCAGGGAAUCCAAAGCAGAACUUCAUUUUGCGGACUCGCCACUAAAGAAGGGGUGAAAAGGGUCGAAAAUGACAAGUGCGACCAGUCUAACAAAUUCGAAACUCUUAGAAAUUGUACUGGAACCGAAGAGUGCGACGGCGAAUGGUUCAGUGGUCCGUUUGGGGAAUGUUCAAAACCGUGCGGAGGCGGCGAAAAAUCUAGAAAAGUGGUUUGCAUCAAGGGCAACGAAGUGGUCGAUAUUUCGCAUUGCGCUCCGGAAGACAUAAUUUUCGGCAACGAAGAUUGCAACAGUCAACCCUGCUCUGAUGAUGCUGUAAUACCUACUGAUUUAACCAAACCCAAUGUCGAAACAACUAAAGAACAAGAAAAACCGACAACUAGCGCCGCGGAAAGUACGGAAACUUCUACAGAACUAACGCUUUCGGAUCUAUGGUCGGAUACGCCCCAAGACGCAGAAACGUCCGAAUCCCAAACGGACAUUGCGAGCAUAACGAAAAAUUUCGAAAUAACCCCCGAACCACCAUUGGAACAGCAGCCCAAGGAAACCGACGAUGACUAUGAAAUUGUACCUGCCGAAGAAUGCGACGACGGAGAGUGGAUAGACGUUGCCGUUCUCCAGGUAGAAAAGGAAACAACACCUUACUUAUCAACCUCUCCGGAUAUAUCCGAAACCUCUUUCUCUUUGGACGAUCUCAUGCUGAGCGACGGAACUACCAUCGGUGACGAAAGUGUGUUUACGGGUUCGGGCGACAGUGAGUCAAGUUUAAAAACCACUCUAUCUAUCGUAACCACAGAGGAAGAAGGGUCGGGCUCUGAAGCCUUUAGCAUCGUAACCGAUGCAUCAAGUUCGGUAUCGUAUAUAACGUCGGAAAAAGAAUUAACUACAGCGGAAACGCCUCAGAGUUCCGACGUAGAAACUUCUACUGUUAUUUCUCAGUCGUCUACAGAAGAACUUAGUACUGUGGAAUCAUCCAGUGGCACGGAAAGUUCUUUUGCAAGUGAUGGAUCCUCAUCUCUUAGCACCUUGACGUCGGAUGGUAUUUCCAAGGGCACCACCUCUACCGAAACUGUCGAAACUGAUACCGCUCCAUCCUCAACUUCUACAGAAUCAACAGAAUCGAGCGACACCAGCACCAGUGAGACUUCGGUCCCCACGGAGACAAUUACCACGGAAAUACCUUCGGAAACUACCGAAACUGGCAGUUCCUACUCUAGCGAAAGUACCGAAAGUACCAGUACCGUCGAAAUGACUUCCACUUCGAGCACAGAAUAUUCAACAACCGAAAGUUCUACGUUCACAGCAGAGAACAUUGGAGAAGCCGAUGAUCUUCCAACUCCCAAUCCCAGAAUGAUAGCCGAAGAUGAAACCACGCCCUCCACGGCUAGUACCGACGUGACUAGCACCACCGAGGAAGUCAUUGUUACACAAUCCACCAGCACUACCGAAGAAUCAUACGACCAGUCGACUUUACCUGAAACGGAAACUUUCUUUGCAUCGACGUCCACGGAAUCAGAAUUUUCGAGCACUACGGAAUUCCCUGGCUCAACAGAUGCAACACCUACAGGCGGUUCCUCAGUGUCUACAGAAUUGAGUAGCGAAUUUAGUACGGAAACCACAGAAUCUACAUCGGAAACGGAUAUUUUCUACAGCACGACCGAGACCGCAGAAGAGGGCAGCACUUGGGCCACCACGCACGUUACCGAACUGUUUAGAAAGAAACGGAGGAUGUGUAAACGGAGAAAAAUCAUGCAAUGCAAAAAAACGAAGUACGGGUGCUGUUGGGACAACAUCACCUCGGCGAAAGGGCCGUUCGAUAAGGGUUGUCCCAGUCCGAAAACUUGCAAGGAGUCUAAGUUCGGAUGUUGCGACGACGGCGUGUCGGCGGCCCUGGGACCGAAACGCCGAGGAUGUCCAUCGAGUCGCUGCGACGAAACGUUGUUCGGAUGCUGUUGGGAUAAUAAAACGCAAGCGGAAGGCAACGAUAACGAAGGGUGCCCGCCGGAACCGCCGGCGUGUAGCAAGAGUGAGUGGGGCUGUUGCAAAGACAAUGCGACGGAAGCUAAGGGACCCAAACAGCAAGGAUGCGAAAAAGAACGUGGUACUGAGAGCCCUGAAAUAUUCACCACCACCGCAGCUGCUGAUUGUUCUAUUUCUACGUACGGAUGUUGUCCGGACGGAACCGAUGCAGAAGGACCAAAUUAUCAAGGAUGUGACAUACCGUGUUCCAAUAGCACUUACGGGUGCUGCCCAGAUAAAGAAUCCCCGGCACACGGACCCAAUGCUGAAGGGUGCUGCCUGUCUGGCCCAUUCGGAUGCUGUCCCGACGAUAUUACUCCCGCUACGGGCGCUAACAACGAAGGGUGUCAAUGUCAAUACUCCCCUUACGGAUGUUGUCCCGACCAAACCACUUCCGCCAAAGGGUAUAACAACGCCGGAUGUGGCUGCAAGUACACGGAAUAUGGUUGCUGUCCGGACGACUUCACGGAAGCGUCGGGUCCCGAUUACGAGGGAUGUUUGUGUCACACUUACCAAUUUGGUUGUUGUCCCGAUGGAGUUUCCAUUGCGCAAGGUCCACACCAACAAGGAUGCGAUUGCAGAACCAGCGAGUUCGGAUGUUGUUCGGACGAAAAAACAAAAGCCUCAGGACCAAAUAUGGCAGGAUGCGGAUGCGAAACUACAAAAUACGGUUGCUGUUUGGACGGAGUCGCAGAGGCCAAAGGCGAUAAUUUCGAAGGAUGUGUGGAAAUUCCCAUCGAUCAUCAAGAUAGUUGUUCGUUGCCUAAAGAACGGGGUCCGUGUAGGAACUAUACCGUAAAAUGGUUCUUCGAUAUGAGUUACGGUGGCUGCUCUCGAUUUUGGUACGGAGGAUGUGAGGGAAACGACAACAGAUUUAAGAGUAAAGAAGAAUGUGAUCAAACUUGUGUUAGUCCGCAGGGACCAGAUAGGUGCAAUCUACCGAAAGUGGCUGGUUCCUGCGAAGGGUACUUCCCUCAGUGGUAUUACGACAAAAGUUCUCGACAGUGCACUCAGUUUAUUUACGGCGGGUGCCUCGGCAAUAACAAUAAAUUUGACACGAGGGAGGAAUGUACAGAAAUUUGCGUCAAAGACGACAGCGUCGAUCCGUGCGAACAGGGCAAAGAAGAAGGACCUUGUCAAGGUCAGUACAGGAGGUACUUCUACGAUAAGACAUCCGGAGAAUGUACAGAGUUUACGUAUGGCGGGUGCAAAGGAAACCGGAACAAUUUCGCCACUAUCGAAGCUUGCAAACAAAGCUGCGCCGCCCCUGGCGUCAAAAGAGAUUAUUGCACGAUACCAAAGAGUGAGGGUAACUGCACGGGGAAAGAAGCUAGAUGGUAUCACAGCGAAAUUAGUAAUCGUUGCACUCCCUUCUAUUUUUCCGGAUGUAACGGUAACAAAAAUAGUUUCGAUAGCAAAGAAGCAUGCGAAGACGACUGCCCCCCCGAAAUUGCCAAGGACACGUGCCACCUACCGGCCGAUAUUGGCGAAUGCGGUAACUACGUCGAACGUUGGUACUUCGACACCAAGGAUAAGCGAUGCCGCCAGUUUUACUAUGGCGGUUGUGGCGGUAACGGUAACAACUUUCAAGCAAGAGAAGAGUGCGAACAGUCAUGCGAAACUCCAUCGCAACAACCCGAACAGGCACCUACUCAACCAGCUCGGCCUACGGCACAACCUACUGCUCCUUACAUUACUUCUUUGGCAGUCACUAUCGAACAAAUAUGUUCCAUGCCUCCCGAUCAAGGACCCUGCACAGAAAAUAUGACGGAACGUUCGUACUAUGAUAGAACCUACGGUGUCUGCAAGAACUUCACUUACGGAGGAUGCGGGGGCAAUUAUAAUAAUUUUGCGUCAAGCGACGAAUGUCUGCAGUACUGUGGUUAUUCGCAAGAUAUUUGUUCGUUACCACCUGUCGCUGGGCCAUGCGCAGGGGAAUAUGCGCAAUUCUACUAUGAUCCUGCAAGUGACUCCUGUAGGGAAUUCACAUUUGGGGGAUGUGAGGGCAACUUUAACAGAUUUAACGAUAUCGCAUCCUGCGAACAGCAGUGCCGAAAAACGCACUGGCCAGUUGCUGAGCCCAUCCGAACUGAUGCUCCACCCCAAGCGCUCCCAAGCGACGUUGCCAUGUGUUACGAAACCGUUAGUCCUGGAAACUGUUCGAUGGAAUAUCCGGCAUUCUAUUAUGAUCCAUCGACAGGAAAAUGUUCCUCUUUCGUAUAUACUGGAUGUCACGGAAAUGAAAACAGGUUUUCCAGUGAGGAACAAUGCGAAAGGCAAUGCGGCGUUUUCAGGGGACAAGAUGUUUGCAACAUGGAACAGGAUAGCGGUCCUUGCCGAGGAUACUUUGUGAAAUACUAUUACGACAAAGCCGUCGGCCAGUGCGGUCAGUUUAUAUACGGAGGGUGUCAAGGCAAUGGCAACAGGUUCAGUUCUCAGCAGGAGUGCGAGAACAUUUGCGUGACGCAUGAAGAGGCACGACCAAAUUUAACCAGCACGGCGAUAUGCCAGUUACCGGCGGAUCAAGGUUCUUGUCCCGAAGCGUACCUUAAACGUUGGUAUUUUGACAACACUCGCGGUGAAUGCGUUGCUUUCAUCUACACCGGGUGUGGAGGCAACUUUAACAAUUUUAAAACUUUCCAAUCUUGUUUAGAUUUUUGUAAAGACUUUUUACCGAGAACCGACAGUCCGGCUCCGGUCGACGAAGGCCUCGCGCCCCACGAGUGUCAAGCCAAGUUCGACGAGUGCACAACGCUGAGAUGUCCUUACGGGGUCGAAGCGUACGUCGAUGAAAACGAUUGCAACGGCUGCAGGUGCAAGGAUCCUUGCAAGGACGUGGAAUGCGGUGAAGGAACGCAAUGCGCGAUAGACCUCAACAGGAACAAAAUAUCCAACCUUGAUGCUGACUUUAUCGCGAUUUGCAGAGACAGUAAUAAACUCGGUCAGUGCCCGGCACUCGUUCAAAGAGGCAGUACGUGCGAGGAAGAGUGCAGGAACGACGCUGACUGCGCCCUAGAUCUAAAAUGCUGCUCGACCGGAUGCGGCACGUCUUGCGUGGAACCCGUAAAACCACCUGGGGAGCUCGUCACUCAGCAAACUUAUUUGCCCGCGUUUACCGACAGGCCAUUGGAAGAUAUUUAUCGGCCUCCCGAAAUUGACAUUCAAAUAUAUAAACCUGAGGUGUCGGCUUCUCUUGGCGAUCAGGCCAUACUUAAUUGCGCAGUUAGUGGUAAUCCAAACCCCAAAAUUUCAUGGAGCAAAGACAACAUCUUGAUUGACAACACUCACCCUAGAUAUCGAAUUAAACUAGACCAAACGCUUCAAAUCAUUACGUUGCAUAAAACCGAUUCCGGAAUUUAUGUAUGCACGGCAGACAACUCAAUAGGUCAACCUAUUAAGAACCAGAUUAAAUUGGAAGUUGUAGAUUCGGGUCCACGUCCAGCGACAAUUUUAAACGCUGACGACAGGGAACUCGUUAGCAACGAACUAAUCAGCCUGGGCACACCCGCUUAUAUAAAUUGCUAUGCCUUGGGGUAUCCUUUCCCUGCUGUCACUUGGUGGAAAGAGGACAGCCUAAUUCCGCUAAAAAAUAAAGAGUUCGAGGUGACUCGAGACAACGUACUGCUUAUUCAUUCUGUACAACUGCACAAUCUGGGCGUGUACACUUGUCAGGCUUACAAUGGCGAAGGCAAAGCAGCCAGCUGGUCCAUUACGAUCAAAGCUAAGGGUCCUUACGUUAGCACUGACCCCGAACACGUUAGAUAUUUGCAGUACGUGGUUAAUCCUCCGGAAUUCCAAACCACCACUCUUAUCUCUAAAAGUAGCUCGUCGCAACCUCCCCCAUACAAGUCGGUAUACAGGCCCACCCCGCAGCCCUACGUCCCUCCCGCCUAUCCAACCGAACCUUCUCCCGAUAUUAUCGAACCCAACGAAAUAUUGCCAGAAUUUCCCGCUGCCGCCGGAAACGUUCAACCACCAAGUUACAUCGUGCCCGUUCGUGUAAACAUAACGACAAGGGAUCAAAGGUAUCCUACGGGUGGAGAGAUUCAGUUACCUUGUGAAGUGCACGGUUACCCCGUACCGCAGGUACAAUGGUACAAAGACGGCGUGCCUCUAUUUGACAGCGCUAGGGUUUCUAUAUCCGGAGACUAUAGCUUAACGAUCAGAAAUGCCGAAAAGUCCGACUCUGGGAGUUACCAAUGCGAAGCCACAAAUUCUUUUUCGAAAUCUUCAAGUACAUUGGAUAUAUUAGUUGAAGGAAUGUUUAUUCAUCCGAACUGUACAGAUAACCAGUUCUUCGCCAACUGUGCCUUAAUAGUAAAAGCCAAGUAUUGUACCCACAAGUACUAUGCUAAAUUUUGUUGUCGGUCUUGUACAGAGGCUGGACUUUUAGCCGUCGACGGACCGCAUUUGCAGGAAAGUUCUAAUAAACAGAAUUCUUUAGAUACCAAUUCCCUUUAGAAAUAAAUCUAUUUGUAAUCAUUUAAAACAAUCCGCGUGGCCAUUUUGUACAUUUUAAUAUUCUUUAAUUCUUCGAUAGUAAAUAGAACAAUAGAAAUUUAACAAAAUAUUUUGAAAAAGUUCCUCGAUUUCAGCUUUUAAUUUUCUCGAAACUGACGUUCACAAUUGCAAAGCAAAGAUCCUUAAUGAUUAUGAAAAAUUACAAACAUUACAUCCUCUAUGAACAAGAGUCGUUUGUCGAUCUCAAUCAAAUAAAAAUUAAUGAAAUGCUGAUAUUUAAAUACUAUGCAGCUAAAGACGAUAGUUUUGUAAAAGCGGUUUCGGUCAAAAUUUGAAAAUUGCAGAUAAGUGGCCAGUUAAGUUUAUUUCAAAUUACGAAUUUACCGUGAUUUGGAGUGUAGAUAGAUUUUUUUAUUAGGAAGCGUCUCCAAAGACUGCUCUUAUAUGUACAUAUUACAUUAUGUCUUAGUGUUAAUUUAUGAAUAUAUGUAAAAAAUGUGUUCCAAUACAUUGUAAAAUGGUACGAUUAAAAGUAUUUUUAU